UGAUCAAGGGCUUAGGACGUUCCAGUUCAGCCCAUACAAAGGUUCCGCUAGAAGUGGACACUCGUGCAACGUAAGCAAUGACGUACAUCCGAGUCAACGAGACCGAGUGAAGUUAGCGAGGGAAGGGCAUUUAAAAACCGAACUGGAACGCAGCCUCAGAAGAAGACCGUGAGGGUUUAAGGUGUCAUUUGGGACGCAGCCAUGGCUGCAAGUGUGAGGGGAAGUUAUAUUGAUUAAGGAUUAUGAGGGCACAUAACUGAAUAGACAAAUCGAAUGCGAAAAUCUGAUUGAAUAUUCGUGCCCAACAUGUGUUGUUGCGACCGGACCUUUACCCACUAAAUCUCCAAAACAUAAGAUAGUUAUGAAUUACCAUGAGAGUGCGUUGGGCGUCGCCAUGGUAACAGCCAGGUGGCAGAGUCUGCAGAGCCUCGGAGUGGAGUGUGUGAUGAUGAUGAUGCCACGCUGGCCGGAAUCGCAGGUCUUGCACGCCAGGGUGCCGCGUGGUUUCGGAGAGCUGAGACAAAUAUGGUUCGGGUUAAACGGGGCAGAAAGAAAUGUGUUUACUCACAGCAGAAGCAUAAAAAGAGGCAUUGAGACGCAUCACGGGGGUGCACAGUGGAGGCUCAUUAGAUGAAACCGUGUUUUGGCAGUGCUUGUGUUAAUGGUGUUGGAGAAUGCCCUGAGAGACAGGCAUCUGAAAAACAUUACCCUGGCAGAGCCGCUGGUAUGCGGGCACAGCCGACCACAGAAGGGACAUUACAGUUGCUGGGACGUUAAGCGGAUUUUUGUAGGCAAUGGAACGCAGUUUAGAGAUGUUUCAGCUGGUUUGUGUUUGAAUGGAACUUAAAAUAACAAUAAGAGAAUGAGCUAACUUAACCUAGAAGGUUUAAUGUCUAUCAUUUAAAGAAAGGAUUUUAAAUUAUACGCAUUCGCCACAAGGUGGCAGCGUAGUCCACAGUGGCGCAGCAGGGACGCUUCGUGACAGCAUUGACCGCAUUGAGUCACUAGCCGUUUUGACAGAACAGACCCAAAACAGAUAUCUUCAUUUUUGAAGUCGACUCUUUAAUAUGUAUAGCUAAAAAAAAAAGACAAAAUCCAUCUUUGCCAUGGCGUGCGGGCAUUUGGAUCCAGUUGGAGGCUGCUCUGGGUGGCCCUGGUGUGCAGAAAAUGAGCACAUCUGGGAGGAAUGGCAGAGAGCUCGUUGAGUGUGGUGUGGUGUGACACUAACCAAAUGGCUGUCUUGAGUUUUACCAAACAGCCAUUGGAUAUGCUCUCCAUAGCUCAGUCCAGUCUCUCUCUCAUGCAGACGCUCUGAGAAGUGCUGAUUUAUUCCGCCGCUAAGUAGAGUUUAAUGAAAAAAACUUGAUUAAUGGAGUUAAUUGCCAUCUGCAAGUGAUUGUGGACAUGUUGUGUGGCAGAAUCUAGUAUUGAGUUUGAAAGUCAAUGACUUUAACAAUAAAGUGAGUAAUAGCUUCAUUCUGGCAAUGACACGUAAACUUCCAAAAACUCACUGACUCUGAUGCCACAGAAUGACUCUGCGGUGACACAGAUUCAAACAGAUACAGAUCCUCGUGUGUUGGAGAAACAGGAACUGCAGCAGCCCACAUACGUCGCCCUCAGCUACAUUAACAGGUUUAUGACAGAUGCAGCGCGGCGGGAGCAUGAAUCUCUGAAGAAGAAAGUUCAGCCGAAGCUGUCACUCUCACUGACGGGCAGCCUUUCACGCAACAGCGUGGCCACGCCCCCCCGCCACAAUAGCGGCAACCUCACCCCGCCCGUGACCCCGCCCAUCACGCCCUCGUCUUCAUUCAGGAGCAGCACCCCCACAGGCAGUGAGUAUGAUGAGGAGGAAGCAGAAUACGAAGAGUCCGACAGUGACGAGUCAUGGACCACCGAAAGUGCCAUUAGUUCUGAAUCCAUCCUCAGUUCCAUGUGCAUGAAUGGCGGUGAUGAGAAACCCUUUGCAUGUCCCGUGCCUGGAUGCAAAAAGAGAUACAAGAAUGUGAAUGGUAUCAAGUACCACGCCAAGAACGGCCACCGCACACAGAUCCGCGUUCGCAAGCCCUUUAAGUGCCGGUGUGGUAAAAGUUACAAAAGCUCUCAGGGGCUUCGACACCACACCAUCAACUUCCACCCGCCCGUCUCUGCGGACAUCAUCCGCAAGAUGCAGCAGUAGAGAGUGCCAACAUCACACAUGCACACACACACAUGUAAAAUACAAAACGCAUCCACACACAUGUACAUACAAUACAAACUGAACAGUUCCAUAUCCAUCCACACCAGCAGCUAUGGCUGAUCCGUCUUGUCCUCAGAUUUUUGGAGGACAUCCAAAAAAUAUACUCUAUUUUACUCUUUUAAGAGUAAGACUCCAUUUUCCCUUUUCAUUCCACUCCUCAUGAGGAGGAAACUUUAAUCUUUUUAUAUUCCUCUUCCUGAAGGAAGACUCCCUGAAUCCCUGUAUCAUUCUGUACCUCCAUGAGGAGGAUUUGAUUCAACCAUCCUUCAAAACACUACACUCUGAAUUGCAUGCUUUAAUUUUUUUUUUUUUUUUUUUUUUCAUUUUGUAUUGUUUCUAUUGCUUAUUAUUAGAGUUCACAGUUUUGUAUUUUUGCACAUUCGCUAUAAUUCUUUUUAUGUUCCUUGUCUUAUUUUUUAUGCAAGGUGCUUAUUGUAAAAGACUGAUGAUAUGUUUGGAAAGGAGAGAAGCGCGAUUAGAUAACCAGCCUCUCGCCGAACGGAAGAAAAGUGACGAUUCAGCGUGACGUUGAUCACUUUGUGAGAAACUGAAAGACAGGAAAGCCUUGAAAAGUCUGAAUGUUUGAAAUGUAACAAUAUCUACCCCAUAUAAGCAACAUUCAUAGCUACAGAUUGUGUAUAUAACUAUAUUCUAUUAGCUUUCAUAGUCAGAUCUAAAUUCUAUACUUUAUUCCUAAGUUUUAUUUUGUAUAUUUUCAUCCGAACUUCAGAGAUGACGAUGUGGAUCGAUUAUGGAUGUGCAGUUUUUCCGUAGUGCUUUCCCCCUUUCUGUUAAUCUCAGAAAAGCACCAAAUGACUCUCAGGUGACAAAUCGCCAGCAUUUCACAACCAUAAUCCUGCCCGACUUAUCUGUUAGUAUUUUAGAGUAGGCUGUUACACGCUUCCCGGGUCCGCUGUGGCCGGAGUGUUCUAGAGCCUCUGGAGCGUUCUAGAACUCCACAGCGAUCUUUAGGCGAUCUGGUGAAGAACAUAAAGCACUUUGUAGUGACCAGUUGCCAACCUGUUUAGGGCAUUUUGUAUUGCCAACAAGUCUGAUGUUGCAGUACGUUGUCUGCAAAUCAGCUGCGAAAUUCAAAGGACUAAUAUGGCACUUUGGAGGUUUCUGCUUCUAAGGUUUUUCUUCUUCUUCUUCUUUUUUCUAGCUAAGGGAAUUCAUUCUUUUGCUAUACCUCCAGUGUGCUUAUUAGAUGUGAGAUUAUUGAAACUGGUUGCCUUGAAUUGUGGUACACCACAGCAUUCCAGUACAGUAUAUGUGUAGCCAAGUGAUUGAGAUUGCGUAUUCGCCCUGAUUCUGACUCGUCUCUGGUGUUGUCCGUGUGACCUUUAUACCCCUAACCUGUCAUUGGGAAGAUGUAUAGUUACAGCCAACCCAAAGAUAUUCAAGUGUGGACUCAUACAUUUGAAUUGGAAAGGUACUUGACUUGUUUUUGGACUUGUGGGUGGUAUAGAGUUGCCAGACCCUCCAGAGAUCACAGCCAGAUCAGGGCCUGCCAAUCACUCAUUAUGACAUCACUGCAUGGACGUUAAUGUUGUUGGAAUUGCAGUGUCGGUUUAGAUGCAACAUUGUAACAGUAUUACACUGCCAGUAUAGAGGGAAGUAUUUGAUAUAUUGUGUACUUAUUGUAUUGUCUCAAUGUGAGUGAUUUAAAUUAUAUUUUCUUAAGUUUCUGGACAACAAUGUUCCUACAUGUAAUGAAGUCAGACACCAGUUGUUGUUUUGGAGCUGGUGACAUUUUCUGCAACAAAAUUCAAAAUUCAAAAAAAAAAAAAAGCUGCUUCGUAAAUGUAAACCUGGUUACAUUUUAAAUAUUAAAAUGGCCUUUGAUCUGUUUAA